UCCACUGUUUCCUCUUCCCUUCCAACACUGCUCUGCUACUCUGCCUCUCUUUUCUCCAGCUCACUCAGGAAGAAGACAGAGAUAUCUAGAAGCCAUGCUUGAAGAGUCGGUGAGCUUAGUCCCUUCAGUAUGGGCGACCAUGAACAGUUGGUUCACCCCCACCGUCCUCUUCGUCUUCCUCAACCUCAUGAUCGCCACCAUUGCCCUAACCUCGAGCCUCAACAAGCCCAAUCACCCUGAGGAAGAGAACCCCCAGCAGGAGCAAGAAAUCCCUCUGAAUCUCCAGAGAUCUCCAUCUGUCUUGCAGAGGCUCAAGUCUAUCAACUUUUACUCCCCCAGAUCCCCGCCGACGGAGACCCAUUACGCCGACGACAGCUACGGCUCUGCUCCCCUGCAAGAAACGGUGCACGAGAACGGUGAGGAGAAGCCCAAGCCCUUCUUUGCCAGAUCUCCUUCCAUUGUGCUGCAGCGGCUCAGGUCCUUCAGCCUUUACUCCGGCAACUCGUCUCCGGAGCCCGCCGCUCCUUCCCCUCCGACCAGUGACCGCAACCGCAACCGCAGCCUCGAGAAGCCCCUCGCUAGGAGAACCCACUUGAGCUUCGAGGAUGCCCGCGAGGAAGAAGAAGCUCGGGAGCAAGGGUUCAGAGCUGGAGCCGGCAAGGAGGCGGAAGAAGAGCCAGAGGAAGGAGAAGAGCUUGAAGGGCACGACCAGUUUGAAGAGCGUAGCUCUUUCGAUGAGAUUUACGGCCAGUUGAAGGGCAAUCAGGUUUUGAGGACCGAAUCCGAUAUGAAGCCAGCAUCAGGGGAGAUUCCCACAAAGCUAGCCAAGAAGAUGAAGAAGUCUGCAAGCGCAAAAUCUGCGUUCGCACACUUUGAGGAGGACGACAUUGUAGAGAGAGUCAGACCUUUUAGCGCGAGGGAAGGGAAGGCUAAAGUCAGUGAUGAUGAUGAGGAAGAGGGGGAAGGGGAAGUUGAUGCAAAGGCGGAUGACUUCAUCAACAGGUUCAAGCAGCAGCUGAAGCUGCAGAGGAUCGAUUCCAUCACGAGGUAUAAGGACAUGGUAAAUAGAGGAAGCAGUAGAUGAUCAGAACAAAAUCGAAGGUGUUUCGUUUUGUUCUGUGGAUGAAUGAAUUCCUUAGCAUUCUGUGUAUUUUGGAUGUCAAUGUUAAUGCUUGGAAAGUAUAAGGCUUUCUUUUUCCUCUCUUUGUUUUUUUUUUUAAAUUUUGUUUAGUUAUUCCCUAAGGUUAGAUCAAAGAACUUGGUCCCGUAUCUACGUUUUUGGUUGAACAUCCAGUUCUAGUUUAUGAUGACUAUUGCCUUCUUGAUUCGGAGUUGGCACUGCUGAUCUCGUAAGCUGCAGACUGUUCAUUGCAUUAUAUGGUAAGAGGAGGACAUGGUAGAUGGAGGGUGUAGUAGGUAGCAACACUGAGGGAGAGGGAGACAGGUCGUUUCCUUUUGGUUUGUUGGGUUAAAUCUGUAGGUUACCCAAGAAAACAGGUCCAAUUUGUAGCAGUGCUGUUGAGAUUUGUUGUUACUGCUUGAUGAUAUGCUAUUGAAGUAAGUGAAUCAUUCUGGUGCAA